AUGGAGUUCCUGGGCGCCACGCAGACCGCCAGCUACUGCGGCCCGCGGAGGACCUGCCUCUUCCCCGACCCGGCACCCACCAGCACCACUCAGGACAGCUACCAGUCCUACUACCUGCCCGGCUAUCGCUACCUCAGCUCCUGGAGGCCCAGCCUGUUCUGCAAGGGCUCCUCGGUGCCGUCCGGUGCCGAUGAGCGCCUCAGCCCCGCCAGGCGGCUGCCCACUGUGCUGCCCUCGCUGCGGUCGGCCCUGCACGCCCGUUACAGCCCUCACGACUGGCACCAGGCAACCGUGGCACAGCUGACAGGCUCCGAGGCCUCCAGGCGCUGGGCUGGCAAGCUGAACAGCGAUUCCAUGCGGCUGAUGCAGGACAAGGACCAGCUCACCUACCAGAUGCAGGAAGGCAGCAGGAGAAACCUGGGACAGAGGCUCUCCAGCCUGGAUUUCUGGAGAGCGGAGCUGGUCUAUGAGCUGGACUACCUGCUCACAGAGAGCCAGGCCUUGGAGACGGCAAAGAAGCGACUCGAGUGCGCUGCAGACGAGAUGCAAGGACCGCUGAAGACUGCCCUGGAGUGCUUGUACAACCGGGAGAAGCGCAUGGGUAUCGACCUCGUCCAUGAUGAUGUGGAAAAGAGCCUCAUAAAGGAGGUCGAUCUACUCAAGGAUUGGCAAGCAAGAAUGAGAAAGCUUGCAGAAAGAAUCAAUCAACAGCUGGGUAUCAACAGAGAUGUGCAGCAUGCACUGGAGCAAGAUCUUUCUGACAAAAACUCAGCCCAUUUUAUUGAUCAGAAGUGUUUUAACCUGAGGAACACGUCGGACAGCAUCAACUUUUACCAUGGAGUGGAGAAAAUAGACGGAACUGUUUCAGUUCCUGAGACAUGGGCUAAGUUCAGCGAGGACAAUAUCAAGUCCUCUCAGCGCGCGAGGGCCGACUCCGCGAGGCUCCACGAUGAGACGGAGGCUGCGCUGGAGACGGCGUCUGAGGAGACGUGGAGUCGUUACACGAGCACCAACCUGGCUUUCAACAGGCGCAUCUCCGAGGUAGCCGAUGCGAAGAACAAACUCCAAGCACAGCUGGCCAAG